UACACUUUAUGGAUGCGAUUCAAAGUGUUCUUUUCUGUUUUCCUCCGAGGUGCAAACACAGUGGGCAAAAUGUCCCACUAUCACACUGUAUUGUUGUAGCGAAUAUAUAGUGUGUAUACGCACGCACCCCAAAACUGGCGACUUUUAUUCUGCAGCACACAAGACGCCCUAGCGCCGUGGUAGACGCUUGCGCACAUCGUAAAUAGUGAGUACCGCUGCGGAAAGAAAAUUCUCCAUCCAAACUAGCUGUCAAUACAUAUCCAUAAUAAGUCUCAUAAGAUAAUCGCGCAACAUCUCUGUCGGAGAGGAAGGUGACUUCUGUUUAGGACUCCAUACGGCAGCGUCAUCAUCCAAACUGAGUCAUUCAUAGCGUAGGCUACCUGCUUCCUCAAAUGUUUGAGCAUGGCGUGUCCGGACCCAGAAGCGUCGGAUCUUCCUGAAACUGAAUCAUCCCACUAUGAGUUGAGGUUAGUGCUUCUGGGGAAGACAGGCACUGGAAAAAGCAGCUCUGGAAACACCAUCCUGGGCAGGGAGGCAUUCCACGCUGACAUCUCCCCAGAGUCAAUCACAAGCCAGUGUGAGAAGGAGAGCGAAGCUGUUUCUGGAAGACGGCUGGUUGUGAUUGACACCCCAGGUUUCUUUGACACGCGUCUCUCUCCCCAAGAGGUGACAACUGAGGUGGGGCGAUGCAUCAUCCUGUCCUCUCCUGGACCCCACAUGUUUCUGGUGGUGCUUCAGCCGGGGAGAUUCACCCAGGAAGAGCAGCAAACACUGGAUUGGAUCUCGGCCACCUUUGGACCUGACGCAUUCAAACACACAAUGGUUCUAUUUACCUGGGGGGACCAGCUGAAAGGUAAAUCCAUAGAGGAGUUCCUGAAGAAGAGCAAAGAGCUUUCAGACUUUGUUGGUAGCUGCAAGGGAGGCUACCAUGUCUUUGACAAUUCCAAAUCCACCAGCGACAGCCGUGCCCAGGUUUCAGAGCUACUCUGCAAGAUCAACCAGGCGGUCGGGGAGAACGGUGGGAGCUGUUACACCAAUGAGAUGUACCAGGAGGCUGAGCAUGCCAUCCGAGAGGCCCAGGAGAGGAUCAUGGGAGAACAGGAACAAGGGCUGCUGGAGGCGCAGCCAGCUCCAGGAGGAGAGGGAGACAGGAGAGCGGAGGAGGAGAGGAAGAGGAGGGAGGAGGAGGAGGCCAGGAAGAAAGCAGAGAAGCUGUUCUGGUCUGAGUUCCUGACUGCCAUGGGGAGAGGGGCAGCUGAGGGAGCCGGACUCAUGGAGGACGACGGGGAGGAGAAAGGGGGGAAGAAGCUGAAAAAGGGGAAGGUAGUGAAGAAGGCGACAGCCCUGGCUGCCAAACCACUGUCCCUCACGUCUGCUGCCAAAGUCGUGGGAGGAGCUGUGAGGGAAGGGAGCAAAGUGCUGUACAAACACCGCAAAACAUUCCUACAUUGAGACCAGAAGCCUCCACUGUCCUACUGUAAGAUGGCUCUGCCACUUCUUUAGAUACACCAUCAACAGAUUUGACUCACCAUGAUGUACUGUGCAAGUCUCACUACAAAAGGACACUUCACCAUAAUACGAGACCUAUGUGACAUGCUCCCAUGCAGUAAGGACAUGAUGACCAGGAGAGAUGCUGCUGUGGUAAGAGUCUAUUAUUUUGGCUGUUCUCCAUUUUCCGAUUUGCUGCCACAUCAUUCCUCAUGUUCGCCGUAUGGGCACUUGUUUGUAACUGUAAAACUCAGUCCGUCUGUCAUUAUGUAAACCAAGGGUUUCAGGCACAGGACAUGACCUGACUUUUUUUUUCUUUUCUUUUUUGUUUUUGUAAAUGGACAUGGGCUCAACAGGAAGUUGAGAUCCAUUUGACGUUCUACUUUAGUGCAUUUAAUCAUUACAGAACUACUAUGAAACAAGGAUUACUUUUCAAAUGUCAAUGUUGCAAAUGUGAGUAACCAAACAAUGCAAUGAAAUGUAAACACAACACACAAUAAAUGCA